CCAUCGGGCCUGAAAGUUUUCUCUGUGGGUUGCUGUUUGAUCACCAGGCAACGAUAGGAGCGCGGAAAGCAUUUCAUAUUCUUCUUCUCUCGCCGCUUCGACCCCGGUGAAACUUUUUUGAGAAUACCCUUCCACCUAAAAAGUCAGCUUAUCAUAGUAGCCAGCCAAGUCACAUCUCGAACUGCGCACAGGUUCCAUUCACUUCUUUCCUCUUGCGCCAUUGUUUCUGUCGCCAAAGAAGAACCCAAACUGACAUUCUAUAGCCCCGAACUGUUACGGACUGCUAUCGUCGUGUUGUGAUAAAUAUUGAUACCAUACCUGGGAAAGGCUACCGCGAUGAUGAACCAAGAUUACGCAAGAGAGCGAUCUCGAUCACCCUUCCGGCCCGGUAGUGCUUACAGUCAUCAUAGUCAUCACAGCCGCAGUUCAUCACCGGCACUCGCUGGGGCAUGGAGGAACGAAGCAUUGUCUCCUGCAAACAGCUAUGUUGAUGAUUAUUAUAACCCAAACGCCUACGAUCAUGAUCUCUAUAGAAACUACUAUGGGGUUGAAGAUGAUUACUACGGCGCCUAUGGAGAUCUCUUAGACUACGAGGAAAAUCUACGAUUGGCGGCUGAUUUGGAUGAAACCGAACGAUUGAGACGGUGGCGAGAUCGAUUGGCUUUCGAAGAAUUAGCCGAAUCGGAAAGGUUGAGAAGAUAUGAACUGAUGGCCGAGGAAGAGAGACUUCGAUUGGGAUUGAUCGGUAGCUCUUGGUGGGCUCGACGCUAUGGACAUCAUCACUCUCACAACGGCCGUCACACGCCUUCGCUCACUGGAGGUUGGAAGAAUUACUAUGGGAACCGGUUGAGAAGAUGGAGCUCGAAGCGGAUGCCAUUGUCAUCGCCAUUGGCCUCCCGAUUUGAAAGGAUCUGGUACAAUCCGAAUUCCUCCCGUCGCAGACUUUCGAAUGCAGCAGUCAUGAACUCGAAAUUGGAGCUGUUGAAUCAAGAGCAGAUGAGAUUAUCGAACGAAUUGAUCCGGAUCAGAGAGGAGACUAGAAUGAGAGAGAUGGAGAUCCAAAGAGAGCAAAACCGGAUCGAGCAAGAGAUCUUAUUGGAGAGAGAACGAAUCAAGGAAAAUUUAUAUAGGGUCCAGAAAGCUCAACAGGAGCAGGUUGAAAGAGAAAUCAUAGAGAGGAAUCGUGUGGAGCAGGAAAUGUAUCGUGAAUCUCUACGCAACUUGGAGAACCAACGCCAAAUGGUCGAUAUCGAACGCCAACGAAUCCAAAACCAACAUUUGAGAAACCAGGUUGUUUCUGAUCUCCAAUCCCAGGAGCAGGAGUUACGCCUACGAAGAGAGCUCGAACUAGCGGGUAGUGGUCUCUACAAAUAUUAGUACUUCAAGCUUCUUGUUUCCUUGGAUGUGGAAACUUAACUUCUCCUCUUCAGCCUUUAUUUAUCCCGCGUGUUCUAUUUUUUUUUCCUCUCAUUCAUCCUACUUCUUUGAUUUCUCAAGAGCGCAAUCCGAGAGCACGAUCUUGAACACCAACCAAAUAUCAAAUAUAAAACAAAUAUAAAAUAACAAAAGCCAUACCUCAAUAAGAAACCACCAAGUACAACUGUCCAUUUGUGAUUCGAUUUCCUGUCCGUUUCUGUGGUUUUAUCAAAGACUAAUCAAAAUAGCGAAAACCCAUCCAGCUUCCAAAAUCAGUUCCAAGAAAAAAACCUCUUAAAAACACGCAAGCCUGAUGACUGUGUUGAGUUGCUUGUAUAAUUCUCGAAGAAAGUCAUUUCGCAUGUUUUGUUGACUCGAUUCAUUCAUACGUUUCUUCAUCAUUGUUUGUGUGUAGUUAUGUACAACAAAUCAUCAACACAAGGUUGCCCAAGUGGAAAUUUACUUAUCUCAACAGCAAUCCCAUAACAAUCAAAUUUAUUCAAUCAA